AUGGACAACUUGUCGUUUCAUCCGUCACGGUUAUCAUCGUCAUCGGCGUCAUCAUACGCGUCCCUGAACGACAUGGCUUUCAGACAUCGCAAGUUGCGCCUGCUCGUUGCCGCCACGGGGCCCCGCGACACGUCCUGGGCCCAGGCCCUUGUUGUUCGGCUCUCCAAGAGCCCUCACAUCGAGAUGCGUGCCAUUGUCGACGACGUCGUCCCUCGCCUCACACAGACAGUCAUCGUCUUGGAGAACCGGACCCUGGCCAAGGGGCAGGGCGAAAGGGCCGAUGACGUCGACUUCUUCUGCCAGCAAGCCUUUGAACUGGUCGACUGGGCAGAUUUGCUCGUCUGUGUUCCCCUGGAUGCAGACGGAAUUGCCAAGAUGCUCUCCGGCAUCGCAGACACUUUCCUCGGACAUGUAUUCCGGGGAUGGAAUGCUCAAAAGAGCAUCCUGCUCGUCCCCGGCAUGAGCACACACAUGUGGUCGAAUCCCGUCACGAAACGACAGCUCAGCAAGAUACACAGAAAAUGGAGCUGGAUCAGGGUCAUGGCGCCCAUCCUGUGGCACUACGAGGGGCAGAUGAAUCCGAAACGGGUGCCCAACUGGAACGGCUUCAACGAAGUGCUUGGGUAUGUCACAAACCAAGCAGACUUGCUGGGUCUCGGGCGAGACGUGGAAAUCGCCACCAGCACCGCCGCCGUCCCCGACAUUUUCAACGUGCGAAUCCGCUCGAAACUACCGCCCGAAAUAUGGACAAUGGUGCUUGACCGCGCCGGCGAUUGGGAGCUCGCCAAAGCACUCAACAUUUACACCAACUUGCCCAUGCCAGCGGCAUGGUCACUUGAACCCAAAGAUGCCACCGACCCCCUCAAAGUCUACGAGCACCAACUCGAAUGGACAGUCCUUACCCGCAGCUCGGCCGCUGUAUGCAGGAAACUGUCACAGUCCCCGCCAAACUUCCGGGACGUGCCAGCCUUGGUCGUCAAACUCAUCAUACGCUUCGCCCUCAUGGACGUGCUGGCCUACAUGGAAGCCAACCGUCCGGACCUCCUCGCAGGCUUUGAGGGCACCACGCUCCCCACCAACGCAUCGGCAUACUACCCACGGACCGAUGUGCUCGACUAUUGGAGACAGAGCAAGUGGUUUCGCGACACGCUCAUGUACGACACGGAAGCCAUGGACGGAGCCUCCAAGAACGGCCACGUCCGCAUCCUCGACUGGUGGUGGCGCCGCUCCGGCCUCCCGCUGCGCUACACCGAAGCAGCCCUCGAGCAGGCCAGCGCCCGCGGCCACCUGCUCGUUCUGGAGUGGUGGCGCGAUGCCGCGGCGCAGGACGAGGGAAUCGUUCUCCGGCCCGGCCGCUCUCUCAUCUGGGCCGCGCAAUACGGACAGGCAGACGUUCUCAGGUGGUGGGACGCCUCGGGGAUACCCGUCGCACACGGCGACGCUGUCGCCAAAGUCGCGUCGCGUUGGGGCCAAGCCCACGUCCUCGAGACGUGGCGCCGUCUCAAGGGCGACAACAAGGUCGUCUUUGAUGGCGAAGUUUUACUGAGCUCCACCAUCCACCAGCAUGUCGACGUGCUGGAGUGGUGGCGCAGGUUUGCGCACGGCGAGCUCCCAGGCAUGGAGGGGCGAAGGCAGCCCGUCGAGUUCCGGACGUGCAACAUCGAAGAAGCACUCGAGGACAGCAUUGGCGAUGCGGACCAGAACAGGGCCAGGAGGUGGUGGGCACAGUACGGGCUGGAUCUACGCAUGAGGAACGAGGAGUGGCUGCGGACGAGGUACUUGUAG